CAGCAGACACCCUCCCCCUCUCACUCACCCAGAAGAUCAGAACCUCGAAGGAUGCAAGACUCUAAAAAUAAACACGGCAUAGCGAGAGACGAGAUUGGACCGACAGGCGUCUAAAAGUUUCAUGUCCCCCAGCCAAGCUCCAAUCACCCCCAUGCAAACCCGACAAUGAUAAUAAUAGAACUCUGCAGGAUCUUCCACCGGUAAAAUCAACCAGAGUCUAAGCUGAGCAUAGCAUUAUUUCAGAAGGGGGGGAGGGGCUCGUGGGCCGUUAUGUCCGGUGAAUUCCAGUUGUACAGUGCAUUAGGACUGCUUAUCGUAUUUACUUCGGGUGGUGGACGUACGGAGGAUCCGUUCAAUCCAUUGGAGGGGGACCCAGGGAAAGUGAGUGCAUACACUAAACCCGAUCAAGCGAUAGCAUCUAAUCUCCGCCAUCGUGGAUUAUGAUCUCCAAAUCGCAUCCAACAAUACAGUACCUCCCGGCACUUCAACCACAAACCAUUAAAACACAAAAGUCAAAGCACCAAUAGCACCCCCCCCCAAAAGGGAAAGGAAAAGAGGAAAAUGGCUACCCCAACGCAAGAACAGCUCAAAACCCUUGAACAGUCUCGCCAGCGACUGGUCCAGCUCACGCGCUCGCUGGCGUCCCUAAUCACAAGUCUGAAUCAAAGUGAUCCUCUGCCCUCCUGGUCCUCCCUCCAAUCCCAAGCUAGCAUCAUCUCAAACAACCUCCUCAGCGUCUCCGACCACCUCUCCGACAACCGUGAUCUCUUGACCUCCCUCGUCGCUUAUCCGGGCCCUGACUAUCCAGGCCGUACGCAGGCCAACACACUCGAACAGCUUCUUCGGACGAAACUUGACCCCCGCGUCGAGGACUGGGUUGCGCGCGGUCGCAAGGCGGGCGCAUCUGCGCUGGAGGAUAAAUCCGGGCUGGCGGAGGCGGAACUGGCGGAGUUGUGGGAUUGGGCGCCCGUGGAGGCGAAUCAGGAGGCAAGACGGAGGAAUUGGGGAGGGAAUUUUACGCUCGAGGAGAGGGAGAUGGGCGUGCAGAAUGUUGUUACGGGGCUGGCGAGGGUGUUGGAGGAUGAGGGGAGUGAGAGUGAGGAUGAGGAGGAAGGGGAGGAGGAUGAGAUGGAGAUUGUCGGUGUUAGGAGGCAGUCUGCUGGGGCUGGGUUUGAGUUUGAUAUUGCGCCUGCUUCGGCUGCACAGCAUCACCAGCAGAAGUUUGUGGAGCCUGCGGUGCCGUUGGAGGAUAUUUUGAGGUUUAUGACUACUGGGGCGGAGCCGGGGAAGAGGUAAUACUUUGGACGGAUAGUCUGGGGAAGUUAC